AUGGAAAAUCUUGGAGCAGAGCUUUGUUAUUUGGCACAAUUACCACCGGAAGAACAAUUCACAAUUCGACUUGUAAUAAUUUGGGAAUUAGACAAUAAUAAGUUUCUUGUUUGUAGAGCAAAGCCAGACAAUGCCUAUCCAUUUCUCAAUGAGGAUAUGGAGUAUUCUAAUGCGGAUAUUGUUUAUUUCAGCCCAAUUGAAGUGUAUACACAUACACCUGUAAUAACAGGAGAUGUAGUGGAAGUUGGAAGAAUUUUAAUUAUUGAUAAUGCAUUGCAUCUUGACUCAGUGACGUUUAUUGAGAAAGCAAACACUAUGCCAGGUAGGAUAGAGUAUAUGACUGAAACUAUGAAUGAUAUUUGGAUUCAAAAGGAGUAUGUGAGUAAUGGGAAAAGUUCAAAAGUGGAGGAAGAGAGUGAAAUAGAUGCAAGUUUACUUGAUCAAUUACCAUUUGAUAUGAAAUUUGAGAUUAUCUCUUUCAUUCCAACUUAUUCGAAACAAGAACGAAUUAAACUAGUCGAGAGAAAUGUAAGAAUAGCCUGUGAACUCUUGAAAAUAUGUGAGGAUGAGUUUAAUGAUAAAUAUUGUGAUAAAACGUGUACUGCAAUGCGUAUUGAAAAGAGAUUAAAUCCAGAUCGAUUAUAUGAAAUAGAUAAUGAUUUUAUCAGAUUUGUGAAAAUGAGAUUGAUUAAUAAGGAGUUUGCCAAAAUUAUGAAGGAAAACAUUAUGAAAUUGGAUUUAUUAUAUAUUUAUCGAGAUGAUAUAGGAAGGAGACGAUUGGUAAGGACUAGUAUUGAACUUGCAAGAAGAGAUUAUUUCAAAGACCCUUCACUUAAUCCCAUCUAUUUUCUUUAUUAUUAUUCACAGAUAGAAAAACAUGCCUAUCCCUACUAUGGUUAUAAUGAUCUUAAUAUUGCAUGUGCGCCAUCUUUAGAUAAACUGAGCAGGUUUGAUUUUGCAGUAUCAUUCUAUGAAAAGUUUGGAUUGUCAUCUAAUGAAAUAUAUUUGAUGGAAAAAAUAGAUUUUUGUGUUAACAGGAAGGAACUAAAAUUAUAUAGACCUACGUUCAUCUUGGAAGAGUUUAGAGCACUUUUGGGAGAAAUUUUUCUUGCUCUAAAUUAG